UUACCUAGACAUUGAUUGCUUCUCUGUCUCCCUCUGCCUUUCAGAUCGGCUUACCCUUGGAGACCCUCUGUAAAGAUAGGAUAUAAAAGUUUAGUUAAGGCAGAACUUGGGUGAAGCAGCUUUCCAGAUUAAGGACACUGGCAAACAACUCAGAGAUGAGGCCAGUUUUGAGUCAACCAUGUUCCUGGGUGCUUCAAGUGCUGCUAGUGUCAAACCUUUUCUUGUGGGAGAAUAUAUACUCCAUGCCCAUGUGCUUUGACAUGGAAGAAUAUAUUGAGAUACCCAUUGAAGAACUCUUUGACAGUGCUAUUGUCAUGGCUCAAUACACCUCAAACCUCACCAGACAAAUUUCUGAGGAGUUUGAUGCAAAUUUUGUCCAUAGUCUUGGGUACAAAGCGAGGAACUUCAGCACCUGUCACACUACUUUACUUGCUACUCCUGCAAGCAAUGAACAAAUCCAACAGACAAAAUCAGAUGUCCUUCUGAAGAUGAUGAUCAGCAUUUCAAGAGCCUGGUACCACCCUUUGAAACAACUUGUUCGUGCACUGGCUACUCUUGAAGGAGCCUGCAAGACCAUACUGUUGAAAGUCAUAGAAGUGGAGGAAACAAACCAAAAAUUUCUAGAAGAAAUCAAGGCAAUCCUUGUCAGGAUUCAUCCUGGAGCUGAAGAAAACAUCUACCCUGCUUGGAUGGGACUGGCAGAUGUGAGGUCUGCUGAUGAAGAUACCCGCCACUUUGCUCUUAGUAACCUACUCCACUGCCUGGACAGUGACACUGACAAAAUUGCCACUUAUCUUGAGGCCCUAAAAUGUAGCAUCAUCCAUAACAACAACUGCUAAUCACAUCCAGCUACUACUAUGAUGGUCCUUGGUAAUCCAGAUCAUCAAUGCUUUCUUUCUUUGAGUUUUAUCUUUUGCAUGCAUAUAUGUGUAUAAUGAAUUGCUCCUUAAAAAAUAAAAAGAUUCUUCA